CAGAUGUAAUGUCUUCUUAUAAACCCUGACCUGGAGGAAGUCCUCAGACCGCAGGCUUUCCUGUACUCUGGUGUCGCACAGACUGCAGCUCAAGAUGCACAUGUUGGUGGUAUUCAGCGUUUCAUCAGUGGCUCUUUUCGCCUGUGUAAAUGGCGCUUUCCCACCACCAUGUGACAGUGAAAUAUACUGCGCUGGGCCCAUCUUGCAUCAGGUACAGAAAGCGAAACUCUUUGAUGACAAGUACUUUGUUGACAUGAAGCUGAGGGAAGCUCCUGGUAAAUGUUGUUCUUCUGCUUUUCGCAACCUUUCAAAUGAAUCUCCGAACAUCACUGUCCCGCCUGCGAAACUGGAGGAGUUCCUACGUGCGUACUUUGAGAAACCAGGGACAGAGUUUGAGUCAUGGACACCACCCGACUGGCAUAACAAACCAAAGUUCCUGGGAGGAAUAGCAGACCAAGAACUACGUAACUGGGCUGAAAAGAUACAUUUUCUUUGGAAGUCGCUCGGCAGAAAGGUGAUGAGCGAUGUUAAAGAUCACCCAGAGCUCUACUCGCAGAUAUACACCCCACAUCCCGCUGUAGUGCCAGGGGGGCGCUUCAGGGAACUCUACUAUUGGGACUCCUACUGGGUCAUCAACGGGCUCCUGCUGUCAGAGAUGACAGACACGGCCCACAGGAUGAUUCAAAACUUCCUCUACCUCGUCAACAGAUAUGGCUUCAUUCCAAAUGGUGGGCGGAAUUAUUAUGAAAGGUGCAGUCAGCCUCCAUUCCUCACUCUAAUGGUGGAGAGCUACUAUCAAGCAACCAAGGAUAAAGAGUUCCUCAGAGCAGCUUUACCAGCUCUGGAGCAGGAGUACCGAUUUUGGAUGCACAACCGCUCUGUGACUGUGAAAGUAAAUGGAACGGAGCAUCUACUGAACCGGUAUCAUGUGCAGGUGGGCUUGCCCAGGCCUGAAUCCUACACAGAUGAUCUGGAAUUAGCUGAAGGACUCACAGAGGUCGGUAAGGAGCAGCUGUGGAUAGAUCUAAAAGCAGGUGCAGAGUUUGGCUGGGACUUCACAUUCCGCUGGUACAUGUACGGCACCGGCAGCCUCGGGAAGACCAGCACUAGUCAGGUCCUGCCCACUGACCUCAACGUUCUUCUGUGCCUCAAUGAGAGGACUCUUGCUUCAUUUCACUGGGUGAGUGAUGGUGACUCAGCUGCACUGUAUGACCACAACGCAGUCCGCAGACUGGAGGCGAUAGAGUCUGUGCUGUGGGAUGCUGAGAGGGGAGCCUGGUUUGACUUCAACCUGAUGACGCACUCCAAAAACUUUGAGUUUUACCCCUCCAACCUGGCACCUGUUUGGGCACGGUGCUAUUCUCCGGCUGAGAUGGGAGAGAAGGCAGUAGAGUAUCUGAAGGAGAGCGGUGCUCUCCAGUUCCCCAAUGGAGUUCCAACGUCACUGAGAGAGUCUGGGCAGCAGUGGGACUAUCCUAACGCAUGGCCUCCUCUGCAACACAUGCUCAUUGAUGGUUUAUCCAAACUGCCCCCAGAGAAUGCUAAACAACUAGCAUUUGAUUUGGCCCAGCGUUGGAUCAAGACAAACUGGUUGGCAUACAUGAAGUAUGACGCCAUGUUUGAAAAGUAUGAUGUGAACGGCGAUGGCAAACCUGGUUGUGGAGGAGAAUAUGAAGUUCGGCUGGGUUUUGGCUGGACCAAUGACGUGGCCCUGCAGCUCCUGGACCAGUGUGGGGCGACUCCCACCUCAGGAAGCAGACGAAUGUCUUCUGGCCUCCUGCUGCCUCUGGUCAUCUCGGUUGCUCUCAUGCUCCAGUGAUUCAGAGGUGCCAAAAAAAGCCGGAUUUUAUUAUUUCUGGUUUCACUGCACUGCAUCACUCCUUUCCACUGGCAGACUUCAAACACACACAAGUGGACAUGAAAAAUCGGACUAAACUUUGCAUAUUUUUAACAAGUUCUGAUAUUUUUCUAAAUCACAUUUGAUCAGGAUCACUUAUGUUUUUGGAGGAAACAGGAUACGAUUUAUCACCAACUAAGAAUUCCUUUGAUGAAUAUUUUAGUAUUUAUCCUCGAAGGUAAAUGAUCUGUGGCGAUAUCAGAAGAUGCAGAUCAUGUUGGCACUUCUGGUGUCUCUCCAGUAAUACAGGCUGUUGGUGCUUGCUGUGCUCGGAUCACAACAUUUACUCAUCCCAGAUAUUGAACUGACCUUAUUCAACUAAAUCAAUUAUGUGUAUUGCUAAACUGCAGUUUAACUCAGAACUUCUAUUUGCAGGCCAUCUAAAGUUGGAAUGUAUUGAUGUUGAAAACACAGCAGUUGUUAUUAUAUUGGACUCAAGACAGCAGCCGUAGCCUGAGGCGUUAUUUUUAUGGGUUGUACGUCCGUUUAGUCCAUUCGGCAACAGCUUGAGAGAAUCGGGACCUUGGGAAUUAUCAAAAGGUUGAACUGAUUAGAAAUUGGUUUGUCAAAGGUCACUGUGACCUCACAAAACAUUUUUUUUUUUUUGCCAUAACUCAAGAAUUAAUUUGCUAAGUAUGACAAUGUCACACAAAGGAUAAAAUGAUGAGCUGAUGACAUUUAAGACAUUCAUGGAUGUAAACUGCAACGUGACUGGUUGGCUACAACCGCAAUGCAGUAAUUCUAGUUCAAAGGUACAUAGUGCAGGUUUGGUGCAAGACACAACACUGAUAACAUUGAAAAAUUCAUUGCAUCCUAGCUUGUUAAUGGUAAACAGUAGCAGGAGGAUGUUUGUUUUGCAUUAUUAAUGUAAUACAGCUGUAACAUGAUGGAAAGAGAGUAAACAAUAAACAGUGAAGCCGUUAUCAUUGAGAUAAAAUCACAUUGGAUUACUUCUAUGCAUUGUUUUCCUGUGAAUCCCUGGUGCAUGUGAAAGUAAUUUGAAUCAAGCACG